GGACGGACGGACGGACGGACGCGCAGACCCUCGGCGAACGUUGCCGUCGUCCGCAGAGCGCGUGAGGCUUCCCUGGUCUGCUGACUGCUGGGGGCUAGAGCUGCGGAGAGGCUCCUGGAGACACUCAGCGGCUACCAUAAUGUCUUUGCGGCUGCUGCUCGCGCUGCCCACCCUGCCAGGUGUCGCCAGACCGGGCUGCAGAGAGCUGCUGUGUUUGUUGGUGGUCACCGUGGCCGUGAGCCCCGGCGCCUCUGGCGCGUGCCCCACGGCUUGCAUCUGCGCCACUGAUAUCGUCAGCUGCACCAACAAAAACCUGUCCAAGGUACCGGGGAAUCUUUUCAGACUGAUUAAGAGACUGGAUCUGAGCUAUAACAGAAUUGGCCUCCUGGAGUCUGAGUGGAUUCCGGUAUCAUUUGUCAAGCUGAACACCCUUGUUAUUCGUCAUAACAAUAUCACCAGCAUCUCCGCUGGCAGUUUUUCCACAGCUCCAAAUCUGAAGUGUCUGGACUUGUCAUCCAAUAAGCUGAAGACAGUGAAAAGUGCUGUGUUCCAAGAACUGAGGGACCUCGAAGUGCUCCUGCUGUACAACAACCACAUUUCCUAUCUGGAUCCCUCAGCGUUUGGAGGGCUGUCCCAACUGCAGAAGCUCUACCUAAGUGGAAACUUUCUCACGCAGUUCCCUAUGGACUUGUAUGUUGGGAGGUUUAAGCUAGCAAAGCUGAUGUUCUUAGAUAUUUCUUAUAACCGAAUCCCUUCCAUACCAAUGCACCAUAUAAAUCUAGUGCCAGGCAAGCAGCUGAGAGGCAUCUACCUGCACGGAAACCCGUUUAUCUGUGACUGCUCCCUGUACUCGCUCCUGAUCUUCUGGUAUCGGAGGCGCUUUAGUUCCGUGAUGGAUUUUAAGAACGAUUACACCUGUCGCCAGUGGUCUGGCUCCAGGCAGUUCAGUCAGCUGCUUCUGCUCCAAGAUAGCUUUAUGAAUUGUUCUGACAGCAUCGUCAAUGGCUCCUUCCGUGCACUUGGCUUUAUUCAUGAGGCUCAGGUAGGGGAGAGACUGGUCGUCCACUGUGACAGCAGCAAGCCUGGUGAUGGAAACACAGAUUUCAUUUGGGUUGCUCCGGAUAACAGACUGCUGGAGCCGGAAAAAGAGAUGGAAAACUUCCAUGUGUUUUACAAUGGGAGUCUAGUGAUAGAGAGCCCCCGGUUUGAGGAUGCUGGAGUGUAUUCUUGUAUUGCAAUGAAUAGGCAACGCCUGUUAAAUGAAACUGUGGAUGUCACAAUAAACGUGAGCAAUUUCACUGUAAACAGAUCCCACGCGCAUGAGGCAUUUAACACAGCUUUCACCACUCUCGCCGCCUGUGUGGCCAGCAUCAUUCUGGUACUUUUGUACCUCUAUCUGACACCGUGUCCCUGCAAGUGUAAAACCAAGAGGCAGAAGACUGUGCUCAACCAAAGCAGUGCCCAUUCCUCCAUUCUCAGUCCUGUCCCUGCUGGUGAGGCUUCCGCUGAGGAACGGAAGGCAGGUGCAGGUAAAAGAGUUGUGUUUCUGGAGCCCCUGAAAGAUAGCGCUGCAGGGCAGAAUGGGAAGAGGACACAUAGGCUGAAAAGGUGCUGAGAUUUGCUUAGGGUCACAGUUAAAACCACAACCACUACAGCCGUCCUGGUAGUGAGAAGGGCUGCCUACGGAGAGGGCUUGGUGAAGCUGAUGCCCCACCACGGGAGCUGCUGAGAAGAUCUCUGGAUUCGUCUGUUUUUUUCUGGAGGAGAUCUCCAAAAUCCUCAUGGUCUUAACUCUAGGAAAUCCACGUCACACUUGACAGACACAUGGACAGCGCCGAGAGGGGGUAGGAAGCUGCGUCACAGUGGUCCGAAUAUGGGUUAAAGGAUAGAGUGGGCUGACAGAGAGGCCGACACUCACAAUCAAAAGCAAAAGAGAAGAGUCCUAAGUACGCAACCAAAGCUACAUUUGGAGCGCAUGGAGGAAGGCAUGGCCAUAAAAAAUCAUAGAACUGAGUGUUAUAGUGUGGAAUUCUAAUUUCUUAAGGGUUUUAAUUCUUUAGUAGGAACUUGACUUCAUAUAUUUUAAAUACAAGAACAAAAUUAAUUUGUGCUUUAUAAAUUUGUCUCAAAGCUUUUUAUAUGAUUUUUCUUUGAGUAAUAAUGUGGAUUUAUGUAACCAGGUUGUUCUUUUAAGCUAUUCGGUAUUUUUCAUUAUCAAAGGGAUAGAGACUUGGAGAAGUCAAGCAACACAGAAGUGACAUUUUCCUGAGUUUAGGGUGUUUUUCCCCUGUGAUGACACUAGAUCCACUAUUUUUAUUAUUUACGCUAACAUGUAGUUGAUUGUGAGUUGUACUUUUAAUACACUUUUAAGAUUUAUAACCUGAAAAAAAUGGGCUGAAAGAUUUUAUGUAUAUUCAACUUCUGCUUUAAUUUUCACUGGUGGGUUAAACACUUCCAUACAUUUGCUUUUAGCUUGAAUUGUUUGGAUAAUUUGGAAAGAAAACUGAUUUUUAUUUUUGUAAAUAAAAACUUCCUAAAAUGCUAAUCUGAGAAGGACAUGGGUGGAAUUCAUGAAGAUAGAACCAUAAGGACAGCAGGAAGACACUCCAAGUUCUGGGAGAUCCUGGCUAUGCCCACCCUACUAGGCAUUAGAGAGGACAGCAAAGCGUCCGCAGCACCCUGGGGCUUCGCUUGCUGUAAGUGCCGCUGCUAGUUGCCCCUUUCCCGAGUCACUGGGCUUUC